CCCCCCCCGUGCUUUCCCUCCAGCAGGCUCAGCCUUUCCUCUUUUCUCACAAUGUCUCAGUCCGAAGCCACCGGUGAGACCAAGGAGUUCCUUUUCAAGAUCCUCGUCGUUGGUGACAUCGGCACCGGUAAGACCAGUAUCAUCAAGCGCUAUGUGCACAACAUUUUCUCUUACUUCUACCGUUCCACCAUCGGUGUCGACUUCGCCCUCAAGGUCCUCCAGUGGGAGCAGAACAUCGUCGUGCGCGUCCAGCUGUGGGAUAUCGCCGGCCAGGAGCGCUUCGGCAACAUGACCCGUGUCUACUACAAGGACGCCGUCGGUGCCAUGGUCGUCUUCGAUGUGACUCGUACCUCCACCUUCGAGGCGGUGUCCAAGUGGAAGUCCGACAUCGAUUCCAAGGUCCGCCUUCCCGGGGACGCCAUGAUCCCGGUGGUCCUGCUGGCCAACAAGUGCGAUCUCAGCAAGGACGGCCUUGUCCGCAAUGCCGCCCAGAUGGACAAGUACUGCGAGGAGAAGGGCUUCAUCGGCUGGUUCGAGACCUCUGCCAAGGAGAACGUCAACAUCGACAAGGCCUGCCGCGCCCUCGUGGCCAAGAUCCUGGAGAACGACGUCAGCAACAACAAGCGCGAUGCCAAGGCCACCGUGGUCGUCGACGUCAAGGAGAGCCCCGCCGAGUCCUCCGGCUGCUGUUAAUGCCUGUCUCGACAGCGUCACCCAUGCUCCCCCCCCCCCCCCCCCCC